GCCGCGUCACUGCUGCGCGCCGCGGGUGCGGGCGCGAUGGCGGCGCUGGGCGGGGACGGGCUGCGCCUGCUGUCGGUGUCGCGGCCGGAGCGACAGCCCGAGGCGGCGGCGCUGGGCGGCGCGGGCCCGGGGCUGUGCUGCUGGGUGUCGGUGUUCUCCUGCCUCAGCCUCGCCUGCUCCUACGUGGGCAGCCUGUACGUCUGGAAGAGCGAGCUGCCCAGGGACCACCCCGCCGUCAUCAAGCGGCGCUUCACCAGCGUCCUGGUCGUGUCCAGCCUGUCUCCGCUCUGCGUGCUGCUCUGGCGCGAGCUCACGGGCAUCCAGCCAGGCACAUCCCUGCUCACCCUGAUGGGCGUGAGGCUGGAGGGCAUCUUCCCCGCGGCUCUGCUGCCCCUGCUGCUGACCAUGAUCCUCUUCCUGGGCCCGCUGAUGCAGCUGUCCAUGGACUGCCCCUGCGACCUCACAGACGGGCUGAAGGUCGUCCUGGCUCCCCGCUCCUGGGCCCGCUGCCUCACAGACAUGCGCUGGCUGCGGAACCAGGUGAUCGCCCCGCUGACGGAGGAGCUGGUGUUCCGGGCCUGCAUGCUGCCCAUGCUGGCGCCCUGCACCGGCCUGGGCCCCGCCGUGUUCACCUGCCCGCUCUUCUUCGGAGUUGCCCACUUCCACCACAUCAUCGAGCAGCUGCGCUUCCGCCAGAGCAGCGUGGGGAGCAUCUUCCUGUCUGCAGCGUUCCAGUUCUCCUACACGGCCGUCUUUGGUGCCUACACCGCCUUCCUCUUCAUCCGUACAGGACACCUGAUCGGGCCGGUUCUCUGCCACUCUUUCUGCAAUUACAUGGGCUUCCCCGCCGUGUGCGCAGCCCUGGAGCACCCGCAGAGGCGGCCCCUGCUGGCCGGCUACGCCCUGGGGGUGGGCCUCUUCCUGCUGCUGCUGCAGCCCCUCACGGACCCCAAGCUCUACGGCAGCCUGCCCCUCUGUGUGCUGCUGCAGCGCGCCGGGAACUCAGAGAUACCCCUGUGCGCCUGACCCGCUCCCACGACACUCCUACGAACUCUACGGGCUCCCGGCCCUCCCCGUCAAGGGGCACUGCAGGGGAGGGGCUGGCUGGGGUCCCCGAGAUCUCAGGAAUUUUUGUAGGGGAUUGAAGCCAGAGCUAGUUGAAGCCCAGGGACCACGAGAAGGGAGCGGAUAUCCAAAGGGUAUGGCCCUCUGAAGGGGGCCGAGCAGCAGCUGGGAGUGAGGGGCCGACGGGCCGAGCCCCCUCCCCACUGCUGCUCCUCUCAGCCUCCCUGCCUCUCGGCGCCUGGAAAGCUGCUCGGGUUCUUCUUUUUUCUUCUUCUUAAUUUAUAAACCCCUCCCCUCAAUUUCCCAGGGUUUUCUCACUGUCUUUUUGCAUCAGGACUUUGUAUUGGGAUAUUAAAGAGAUUUAACUUGGGUAA